AUGGCCGUUUUCAGUAGUGAACCUGCCUUUGCAACAGCGAUUGGUGAUCCUAGGUCCACCAACGCGGGUCUGUCAAUCGCCAAACCCACAGAGACUAGAUACGCUAAAGGUUCAGAUGAUGAUGAAGACAACGCAGCAGCGAGGAGUCUGCCAGGAAAAGCCAUGUGUGCUGUUGUUUUUGGAUUGAUCGCUGGUGUUUCUAUUUACGAUGGUUCAGAUUACAUGGAUUAA